UCUGACGUGCUGGAACUCACGGACGAAAACUUCGAGAGUCGCGUCUCCGACACGGGCUCUGCGGGCCUCAUGCUAGUCGAGUUCUUCGCCCCUUGGUGUGGACAUUGCAAGAGGCUUGCCCCUGAGUAUGAAGCUGCAGCAACUAGAUUGAAAGGAAUAGUCCCAUUAGCAAAGGUUGAUUGCACUGCCAACACAAACACCUGUAAUAAGUAUGGAGUCAGUGGCUACCCAACCCUUAAAAUAUUUAGAGAUGGUGAAGAAGCAGGUGCUUAUGAUGGGCCUAGGACUGCCGAUGGAAUUGUCAGCCACUUGAAGAAACAAGCAGGACCAGCUUCGGUUCCUCUCAGGUCUGAGGAAGAAUUUAAGAAGUUCAUUAGUGAUAAAGAUGCUUCGGUGGUGGGCUUUUUCAGGGAUUUAUUCAGUGACGGUCACUCUGAAUUCCUAAAAGCAGCCAGCAACUUGAGAGAUAACUACAGAUUUGCACACACCAACGUUGAGUCUCUGGUGAAGGAGUAUGAUGAUAAUGGAGAGGGGAUCACUUUAUUUCGUCCUUCACAUCUUGCUAACAAGUUUGAAGACAAAACUGUGGUAUAUACUGAACAGAAAAUGACCAGUGGCAAGAUAAAAAGGUUUAUCCAGGAAAGCAUUUUUGGUAUCUGUCCUCAUAUGACAGAAGACAAUAAAGAUUUGAUACAGAGCAAGGACUUACUUACAGCCUACUAUGAUGUUGACUAUGAAAAGAAUGCUAAAGGUUCCAACUAUUGGAGAAACAGAGUGAUGAUGGUGGCAAAAAAAUUCCUGGAUGCUGGACACAAACUCAACUUUGCUGUAGCUAGCCGUAAAACCUUUAGCCAUGAGCUGUCCGACUUUGGCUUAGAAAGCACUACUGGAGAGGUUCCUGUUGUAGCAAUCAGAACUGCUAAAGGAGAGAAGUUUGUCAUGCAGGAAGAGUUCUCGAGGGACGGGAAGGCUCUGGAGCGGUUCCUGCAGGAUUACUUUGAUGGCAACCUGAAGAGAUACCUCAAGUCUGAACCUAUCCCAGAGACCAACGAUGGGCCUGUCAAGGUUGUGGUAGCAGAAAAUUUUGAUGACAUAGUGAAUAAUGAAGAUAAGGAUGUGCUGAUUGAAUUUUAUGCCCCUUGGUGUGGUCACUGUAAGAAUCUGGAGCCCAAAUAUAAAGAACUGGGAGAGAAACUCAGCAAAGACCCAAAUAUUGUUAUAGCCAAGAUGGAUGCCACAGCUAAUGAUGUGCCUUCUCCAUAUGAAGUCAAAGGUUUUCCUACCAUCUACUUUUCACCAGCCAACAAGAAGCUAAAUCCAAAUAACCUUUUUUUUUUUCAGGGUGGCCGUGAAUUAAAUGAUUUUAUUAACUAUCUACAACGAGAAGCUACAACCCCCCCUAUAAUUCAAGAAGAAAAACCCAAGAAGAAGAAGAAGGCACAAGAGGACCUCUAA